CAGCGGGGAAUCUUUGCAGCGUUGAAACACAGACGUUUUUCAUGUCUGUACCAACACCUGCCAGCAGCAUGAAUGAAACUGAAGCUCUGCUACCGGCUCUACCGCAGAAAAUAAUCUUUUGCAUUGAUGUUUCGAAUGACAUGACAGGAGAGAUCAGUCGUGUACUAUGCGGUGGUGCGGACGAUACCUUUCUAGAACCAACAUCGAGAAUUGAGGUUGUUAAAAGACUUAUCCUGCGGUUUAUAAGCUUGAAGCUCCUAGCAAAUCCAAACCAUGAAUUUGCUGUGAUUUUACUUGCAGAACGGGCGAUAUGGCAUAUGAACUUUACAAGCGAUAAGUUAUUACUCGAAGCUGCGAUCGAAGAAAUCGGUCCUUUGGGGACGUUCAGUUCCUUUGACAUGAAUAGUUUGCUAAAGACCAUACUGAGUCAAGUGGACAUUAACAACUCCGAGCACUUUAUACAAGCUAUUGUCAUAUACGGAAGAUCAGGCUGUAUACCUAGCGACCCUAGCAAAGAACUAUUGAGUCAAAUGCAGUGGUGCACAAGCUUUGUGUUCGACAUGCUCUAUAUUCAUGAAAAGAAAUCAGAAGUCAAUUGCCCACAGGAUGUCUACAAUCGUUGGCUACAGUUGGAAUCGGAUGUCUAUCCGGGGUGGUUCUUUGAUUUUGGGCGACUAGCGCGACGACGAAUUGCUCUGGCUAUGAUGCAGUUGCUGGCUCAUCCUUUACAACGGGCGGAACAAGAAGAUAUGGAAAUCGAAGAGUUGAAAGAUAUCACUAUGCACGAAGAUACACUAAUUCUUUUGGACGAUGACGAUUAAGUACUGGCAAUAAAAAAAACUGUAAUAUUAUUCAAAUACGAUACGAGGCUGUCAUUUCCAAUGCUAGUUUUCUAGGGUU